UUUAGUUCAGUUUUAGAACAUUUUAUAGGACGAGGAGUUAUGCCCAGCGUUAAACUGGCUCUGGACCAUGUUAACGAACACUCACGAGUUCUUAGAAACCAUCGACUUCACAUGUGGUGGAACGAUACCAUGUGCAAUGCUGCAGUAGGUGUAAAGGCAUUUUUCGACAUGAUGCAUAGUGGACCUCAUAAGCUGAUGCUGUUUGGCGCUGCUUGUACACAUGUGACUGAUCCCAUAGCAAAAGCUUCUAAGCAUUGGCAUCUUACACAGCUCUCCUAUGCUGAUACUCAUCCAAUGUUCACCAAGGAGAAUUUUCCGAAUUUCUUCAGGGUAGUGCCUUCAGAAAAUGCAUUCAAUUCACCACGACUCUCCCUUUUAAAGGAAUUCAAUUGGACUAGAGUAGGAACUAUCUAUCAAAAUGAGCCCAGAUAUUCUCUGGCCCAUAACAGGCUGGUAGCUGAAUUAGACAUUCUGGGUUAUCAGUUGGUAGAAACACAAAGCUUUACAAAUGAAGUAACAUCAGCGCUCAUGAAACUAAGAGAAAAAGAUACGCGCAUUAUAUUAGGCAAUUUCAAUGAAAAAUGGGCAAAACAUAUCUUUUGUGAAGCCUACCAUUUGGAGAUGUAUGGACGAAAAUAUCAAUGGCUCAUAAUGGGCACUUACAGUACUAAUUGGUGGAAAAAGUUAGAACCGGACGUAAAUUGCACGUUGGAGGAAAUAGAAACCUCAUUAGAGCAAACCAUAUUAACCGAUCUAUUGCCUUUGAGCACAAGUGGGGAGAUUACAAUAGCAGGAAUUACCGCAAAAGAAUAUGAAGACGAAUACCAUUCCAGGAGAAAUGGGGAAUUUUCCCGUUUUCACGGCUACACCUACGAUGGCAUAUGGGCGGUAGCUUUGGCUAUCGAACAUGUAGCAAACAACAUCAAAAGCGCUCAAUCCGAUCGCUAUUCCAAUGUGAAUGCAUUUCGUUACAGAGAUCCGGUGUGGGAAAAACUAUUCUUGGAUGCAUUGCGAAAUACCAGUUUUGAAGGAGUCACAGGCCCAGUACGAUUUUAUGACAAUGAACGGAAAGCCAGCAUCUUGCUUAAACAGAUCCAAAAUGGAACAGACGUAAAAGUAGGAGAAUACAGUGCUGCCAUACAACAUCUAGAUCUUACUCUAGGAGAUCCUCUUAAAUGGACUGGGAAAUAUCCACCGAAAGAUAGGACAGUUCUGAUUAUUGAGCAUACCAGAGUAAACAAGACAGCUUAUGCCAUUUUAGCGACUUUGGCAAUUUUAGGAAUAUUCAUAGCUGCAUUUUUCUUAGCGUUCAACAUCAAAUACAGAAAUCAGAGAUAUAUUAAAAUGUCCAGCCCUCAGCUGAAUAACUUAAUUAUAGUUGGAUGUAUGAUAACGUAUACGAGCAUCAUCUUUUUGGGCUUAGAUUCGGGUCUUUCAAGUAUUGAGGUAUUCCCUUACAUAUGCACAGCUCGGGCUUGCACUCUAAUGGCCGGGUUUUCACUGGCAUUUGGAUCAAUGUUUAGUAAAACUUGGAGAGUUCACUCAAUAUUCACCGAUGUAAAACUCAAUAAGAAAGUGAUUAAAGAUUACCAGCUUUUUAUGGUGGUUGGAGUUUUAUUAUGUAUCGAUGUUGUUAUAAUGGCUACAUGGCAAUUUGCUGAUCCUUUCUAUCGUGACACCAAACGCGGCGAGCCAUAUCUUCAUCCGUCAAAUGAAGAUGAAAUUAUUAUACCGGAAAACGAGUACUGCACAUCUUCGAAAAUGACUAUAUUCAUUUCUUCCAUUUACGUAUACAAAGGUCUUUUGAUGAUAUUUGGAGCAUUUUUGGCAUGGGAAACUCGACAUGUUUCCAUUCCAGCUCUAAACGACAGCAGAUACGUUGGCUUUUCCGUUUACAAUGUGGUAGUAAUGUGCAUUCUUGGAGCAGCAGUUGCUCUGGCUUUAGUUGACCAUCAAGACGCAAUGUUUCUGAUAAUUAGUUCUUUUAUAAUAUUUUGUACUACAAUAACUUUGUGCCUUGUGUUCGUUCCGAAAAUGCUCGAACUGCGCAAAGAUACCGGAGGCAGCAUAGACAAGCGAAUUCGUGCAACACUGAGACCCAUGUCGAAAACUAGACGAGAAUCCAGCGUAUCAGAAAUAGAAACGAAAAUGAAGGACUUGAAGGAAUUAAAUAUAAAAUAUCGAAAAACGUUGUCGGAAAGAGAUAGUGAACUGCAGAUGCUGAUAAGGCAAUUGGGCAAUGAAGCAAAUGAAAUCCUAGAGCAGAAAACUGAGGACUCUAUAAGUGAUACUAAUCGCCUUUCGGUACCACUUUUACGCAAAGAAAUGCCAAGUGCCACUGAGACAAGUGACCUAACAUCUCUUUGCAGCCUUAGUUCACAAGCAGACUAUGCAUCAUUGCAUCAUUCGGAUAGUCAAAAAAAGAAAAAACUUCCAGCAACUAACGAAACAUCUCCUAAAAAAGUUGUAAAUUCUCCCAAAAGUAAACGAAUCGAGAAUGAGCAAUACAACCAAUUGCUGCCAUCACAGCAAACGAAUCAUCCCAAAAGCAAACCAGCAAUAAUUCAACAGUCCCAACAGCAAAUUAAUGGAACUGUGUCAAGAACUAACACGGAUACCAUUAAGGCAGAAAAUAAUAUUAAUAAGGAAAGUAUAAUGAAAUUGGAUAGCAAUUACAACACUGUAAAAGAACCAAGUAAGGUGGUUUCGAUUGCUGAUAAAAUCGACAUUCAAAGAUGUGACACACAGAUCAAGCCUUACCCGAGUGAACAACUAGAAAAGAAGAGAAUUUCAACAUUGGAGCGGCAGGGUCGAAGGACGCCAACUCAUGAACGAAGAGUGUCCAGGACGGUCGGGGCAGUAGAUUCAAUAGAAAUCCAAGAAAAGAGAAGAAGCAGCAUAAAAGCUGUUGAAAGUGUCUUGGAGGACGACUUAGUUGUAAAAGAAGGAAUAUGCCACAGAAGAACGAGUGUUCAGAGUAACAUUCGCACCACCCCCAAGAAGAAGCCGGAAUGCGGCACUCACGUGGUGGCUAAAAGCGAAUUAUGGGACACAGGGAGUCAACAUAGGUGCCAAAAGGCGCAUCAAAAGAGUAGUAGAGUUAGCAUAUCACAAGAUGAAGAUGAUCCGCACAUACAUCGCACAACAUCCGAAAGGAAUCGGCACGGCUCUCAGAGGGAGAAACGUGAAAAAUCACCAGCUAAAUCGAAUCCUUCCGAAGCUGCCAGUUGCAACAUGUUAGGAAAUAUCCAGAGUCAGAAGCUGGGCUAUUUUACUAGCACACCUAAUGUGGCGGCGGCAUUAAAGUCUAGUACUCAUCCCCCUAAACGGGACAAAUCCAUGUAUAAUGCAACCUCUGAAAGUGAGUUAUUGGAUCGUGAAAUUCUGCCGAUUUUCCAGAAAUUGUUGACCGAAAGAAAUAAAAGCCUGCAUAACAUAGACUAUUCGUUCGGUCGUUCGUGUCCGAAUAUUAGUAUUAAGUGUGAUAUAGUUGAAUAUUUAUAGGUUUAGAAUCUUCUUUUUAAUCUUAGCUUUAAAGCGAUAACGAAAUUCUAAAAUGAAAAUAUUAGCAAAGUAAUAUGUAAUUUUUAGGCACGUGAAAUCGAAGUGCGAAUGUAGCAACGUGUAUUUAUAUAUUUUAGUUUGUAAACUUCAAAGUAAAUAAUGAAAAAUUAAGUCUGAAAAGUACUACGUGCACGUACGCGAAAAAUGUAUAGAAGCAAACACCUCAGACUGUUUAGUGAAUACAUUGAUAGAUAUUAUUUCACGCGUAAAAUUCCACAUGAAUUUCAAAUGUUAAUUUGGGCUAUUAUUUAUUAGCAAAUUAAAAUAGAAAAUUUCUAGCAGUCGUGUUCAAGGAACGUAAAAAGCACUUUGAUCAGAUUUAAAAAAAAGUUAAUUCAGAUUUUAUUAACCUAUAACAAUUAAGAGCAAUUAAAUUGCUGGUCCCUCUAACCGAAACCGAACCCGAAUAUUUUCAAUAUUUUCCAGUUUUACAGUUAGAACAUGGAGUUUUUUAGAUACGAUGAAAAAUACAUAUACUUAGUGCAAUUAUUAGAACUGAUUACACAGGGUUCUAGUUCAUACGCAUAUUAACAGUGAUAUUAAGUCAUAUUACUAUAAAUUAUGCUGUUAACUAAAUCGCGUCGAUUAUGUUCCUCUUAUAUGUUGACAAUCUUCAUGUUACUAUUACUCUUUACAGGAUGCGCUCUUACAAUUAUUAAUUAUUUUUUUAGCUAAGAUGAACAGAAGAAUUUUAUAGAAUAUUCUAAACAUGUUGUCAAUUAUUAUAUCAGCCCUGUUAAAUUUCUGAAUAAAUGAAAAGUUUAUAAAUAGUAA